AUUCUUGAUAUGGGAAAAUAGUUUGAGACAUGCCUAAGGAGUUCAUUGUGUUUAUAAUACAGUUAGCAAACUUAAAAGUUUGUAGGAAAUUAACAUAAAUGAAAAGAAAUCUGAUGAUGAUGAUGAGAAAGAAACAAGUAGAUAUCAAAAGCUCUGAUGCUUUUUGUGAAAAUUCCAAUUACUGCAAUCAUUAAUGUGCAUCUUCAGAAACCCCUCUUCCUGCUAAAUGAAGAUAUAGAAUAAUCGGACCCGAGGUUAGCCUUAACAUGUUUUCAGCUGAUUUCCUAUCAGUUACAGCAUCAACAAAUAAGUAUUAGAUUCAAAUUUGAUUUGUACUGAAGUCAUAGAUAUAAUUAAGUACAUAUAAACAUGCGAAAGACAAAUAAAAGAGAGAUGAUGUAUCAGGGAAAGGGAAAAGGAGCUGCUCAGUAUCGACCCCAAUGUACAAAUAAGUCGAAAAGACUUAUUGUUAGUGGGCAUGUCAAUAACGAAUCUGUAAUCCGUAAAGAGAAUGCAAAAGAGAAACAUUUGACGUCUCAGAUGGACAGAAUACAUUUAGGAGAUGGUUGUUCCAAUACUAAUCUAAGUCAACAAAACAAUGGUAAAAAAAGCCACACUUCUGAGAAUCAAUUGAAACCAGAAACUGGUUAUGAUGUGGACAAGAACAACCCCGAAGGAUGUAAAGGAAGAGAAAACACCUAUCUUUUCCCUCUUGACUAUGGCAAUAACUCAAGGAGAAGAUCUGACUGUAGUGAACUAAAGAGAAAAAGAAAAAUCCUUUUAUCCCCAAGACAAGUUUUAUAUUUGAGAAAGAAUUUUCAAGACAAAAGGAUUUGAACUUAAUGCACCUGUCAGUACCUUAACCACCUCAUAUGUCACACAAUCACACAAGGUCUAUUUUAUAUUUUUCCAGUUUAGUAUAAAUACUUUACCCAUAAGACAAGCAAUGACACUACCUUAAUUAAUUAAAGAAGUAUUCCUUUUCACCUUUUGAGAUUGGUUAAAUACACAGACACUGUGUAUUGGGAAAGAUAUGACCAUCAUAAUUUUUCCAUUCCCUUCUGUAAAGUUGUCUACCUUUCAAGAGAAAUCAUUAAUAAUAAUAUAUUGAAAUGUUGAACGAUACUUCUAUCAAACAUU